CGGGCAAGGCUACCCUGACCGUUACGAACUGCAGUUCCACCUUAGCAAACAAAUUAAAAUGUUGUUUGGGCGUGUUUGUUUCACAACAACUAUAAUCUAGGUGUCUGAAAAAAAAUCGCGCUUUUCUCCUGAGGACCGGGAAGGCCUCUCUAAUUCAAGAUAAGACCGCAUUUCAGCAGGAACCAACCGGGUGUGCUGAGCCAUGUCGUGUGAAGAAAGCUACUUGGCUAUCAUACGCUAUCUGACGGAUGAACGGGAACCAUAUGCGCCCGGGACGCCCGGUAAUACCAAGAGAAAAAUCCGAAAAGCGGCGGCCUGUUACGUGGUGAGGAAUGGGACUCUGUUUUACCAGCGCCGUCAGAAAGGCCAGAAUGAUUUCACCGAACUGGAGGUGGUGCUGCAGGACAGCCGGAGGAGGGAACUUAUCAACCAGGCGCACAUUACAGAGGGAGAGGAUCACCUCAACCAGCAGCUCACCUGGGAGAUAAUCUCUCAGAAGUACUGGUGGAGAGGUAUCCUGAAGAACGUCAAAGACCUCAUCAGAGAGUGCCCCCAGUGUCAGAGCAAACGCACCGUUGACGAUGGCUCCGGACCUCGGCCGUGCUCGCGGCCAGGGAGGCGAAAGGCCGGGCUGAUGGAGGAAGAGGACGAUGAAGAGGAGGAAGAUGGAGAGGACAGUUUGUUCACAAUGGACCUGUCCCCCCAGAAGCCCCGGCCGGCCAAGGGGGUGGCUAAGCAUGAGGUGGUGUUUGUGAACAGCAAAGGAGAGGUGAAUCAGUUCCUGCCCAAACACAGCCAGACGAUGCUGGAUAAGCUCAACCAGCAGCGUCUCAGCAACCAGUUCUGUGACAUCACGCUGCUGAUCGAAGGGGAGGAGCACCGCGCUCACAAAGCCGUCCUGGCCGCCUGCAGCGAAUACUUCAACGAGCUCUUCUUUGAGAAAGGGGCCGUAACGACCCACGAAGCAGUGGUGGACCUGUCCGGUUUUUCCAAAGCCAGCUUCCUCCCGCUGUUGGACUUCGCCUACACCUCUGUGCUGACUUUUAACUUCUGCGUGAUGGCCGACAUCGCCAACCUGGCCCGACACCUGCUGAUGACCGAGGUCCUGCAGAUCUGCGAGUCGGUGCACAAGCAGGUGGAGGAGAAGAAGCUGACGGUGUACCAGAAAGGAGACGUGCACACCGUGGUGGCGGGACCAGCGGCCGCUCAGGGUGACAAGGAGGAGCCCGAGGCCUACAUGGUGACCAUACAGGGCGACGGCAGCAGCAUGGUGACGCACAGCGCCGUGGCUGUUUCGGGGGAAACUCUGGCUUUUGUGGAGCAGCCCAGCGAUGGCUGCAUCCAGCAGCCGCUUGCGGUUCUGACUCACGCAGUGGAGGGAGACGCAGUGCACGGACAGACUGAAACCGUGGCCCUGAUCGCUCAUGGUGGGGAGGUGGAGCCUGGCGAGACCCUCACGCUCAUUUCAGGGUGUGCCGAGGGGUUGGAGGGCGACACCAUGACCGUUGUCACCCACAGCGGGCAGGCUGGGGCCAGCGAGUCCCUCGCCGUGGUGUCAGCCUGUCUGGCCAUGGAGCAGCCUCAGGCUGUUGAGGACGGAGCUUUUGUUGUGGAUGUGGCAACAGACAAAGACGGACCCUCAGAGGUGGUGGUGCUGGAAUCUGAGACGGCCGCUCCCCAGGAGGAAACAGCAGAUGCCCGGGAAGAAGAAACUCUUUCAGUUCCUCAAAAACGCAAGCGGGGCCGUCCACCCAAGGUGAAGCGGGAGGAGGAGCCGAUGAUUCCACCGAUAGACAGCCCCGCUGCUGAAGAAGAGCAGGCCGACAAGCUGGAGGAGACACCUGGUGAUCGAAGCAAAAGACAGCUGAGGCAGCGCUCUAUGGCUGAGGGCGGCUACGCCCGCCUCCAUAUGGGCCUGGAGGAAGAGGAGGAGGGGAAGAGCACAACUCCUCCACCUGCUACUCCCCCUAAGGUCGGUCCAAGGAAGAGAGGAAGACCGCCAAAGAGGCCGAUGGAGGCCAAGUUUGAGGGCGAUUCUGAGGCCAUUGUGGAGGUCAGCACCGUGGAGAGCGUGACGGCAGGAGAUCUGGAGGCGGAGGAAGCGGCAUCAAAGGUGGUGGAGCCGGAGACUGAAGCCAAGCAGCCGGAAACUCCGUCACAGAGCGCCAUGGACGGAGAAUACACCUGCUCCGAGUGCGGCAUGUCCUUCCAGAGGCGCUACUCUCUCAUCAUGCACACCCUGAAGCAUGAGAAAGCUCGAGGAUACAAGUGCAGCCUCUGCAGUAAGGAGUUCCAGUACGCCGCCUCCCUCCAAGCCCACCUGGCUCGACACAAGCAGCAGAGGAGCCAGCGAGCGUCCGUCUCCAAAACCUCUGCAGAGUACGGCGCCGCCGACCGAGCAGAAAUCGACCCGAGCGACAAAUCUCACCUGGCGUCGUUGCACACCAAGAGGGAGUUUGUGUGCGACAUCUGCGGCAAGACGUUACCAAAGCUGUACUCCCUUAGGAUCCACAUGCUCACCCACACCGGGGUGCGGCCCCACACCUGCAAGGUGUGCGGCAAGACGUUCGCCCAUAAACACAGCCUGAAGAUGCACCGCGUGCUGCAUGACGUCACCAAGCAGUUCCAAUGCCAGUACUGCAAGAAGACGUUUGUGAGCAAGAGGAGCAUGGAGGAGCACACCAGCCUGCACACAGGCGAGUCAAAGUACCUCUGCAACACAUGUGGAGCCACCUUCCACCGAGCCUCUGCUCUGAGCAAACACCUGAAGAAGCACCAGCCCAAACCCGAAGUCCGCCCAUACUCCUGUUCUCACUGUGAGAAGAGCUUUUAUGAAGCCAAGGAUCUCCAGCAACAUAUGAACAAGCACAUGGGCCUGAAGCCCUUCCAGUGCCAGGUGUGUGGGAAGUGCUACAGCUGGAAGAAGGACUGGUACUCGCAUGUGAAGUCCCACAGCGUGGCGGAGCCUUUCAAGUGUAACGUUUGCGGGAAGGAGUUCUUUGAGAAGGCCCUGUUCAGGAGGCACGUGAAGAAAGCCACGCAUGGCAAGAAGGGCAGAGUGAAGCAGAACCUGGAGAGGGAGUGUCAGCAGUGCGGCAGGAAGUUCACUCAGCUCCGAGAGUACAGGCGCCACAUCAACAACCAUCAAGGAGUGAAGCCCUUUGAAUGUCUGACCUGCGGGGUGGCCUGGGCCGACGCCCGCUCCCUCAAACGUCACGUCCGGACUCACACAGGCGAGCGGCCGUAUGUGUGCCCCAUGUGCCAGGAGGCCCACAUCGACGCACGCACCCUCCGCAAGCACAUGGCCAAGUACCACGUGGACAACCUGCCUGGGAAGAUCAUGUUGGAGAAGGACACGCUCCAGUUCCACAAUCAGGGCACCCAGGUGGAGCACGCCGUCAGCAUCCUGGCCUCCGACCUGCCCCCAGAGCUCCGGCCCGCCCACCAGGCGCCCACGGAGGAGCUGGAGACGGUGCUGAUCACCGAGGAGACGGUGGAGGCCGUGGAGGCUGUCCAGGCCGCUCAGGCUGGGAGCGAAGGCUCGGUGGCGACGCUUUCCGACCAGGGCAUCAUGCAGGUGGUGAACUACGUCCUGGCCCAGCAGGCCAUGUCUGGGGUCAAGUCAGAGGAGGUGCCUGAGGAGAUCCACACCAUGGAGGUGGAGGUGGCUCAUGUGGCCGAGGUGGAGUAAUCUAGACUCCAAACUGAUCUUUUUUUUUACAGCCUGUAUGUAAUGUAUAAACCCAUAAGAGUGUAAAAUAUUCCUAUUUUUCUGUUAUUGUACAUUACUGUAAAAUACUGGCUCUGUGUUUUCUGUAAAUACUUGAAAUGAAGCAAGGAGACCUGGUCAGUCAGCAUGUAUAAAAUC